AUGGAUGCACAAACCAGAAAAAUGGCUCAGUUAUUGGACAAUGAUCAGUUCUUGGAAAAAGUAGGGGUAAGCAUUGGAUCUGACGCAGUUCCGGUGAAAGGCCGACCAUCCUGGCAUGAUAUUACAAUAACAGAUUUGGAGCCCGAUAAUGGAUUACUAGUUACACACAUCAACCAGACACAAGACCUGCUGAGAGUGCAAAACAGGAAAAUGCGAUCCAGUGAGGUGCAAACCACAGAAGAAUGGCUAAGAAACCACAGUUUAGAAUCCAUGCAAUUAACAUUAGAAGAUCUCCUAAAGAAGGGCAAUAUUGUCUUGAAUGCAAGAAAUGCCACAGAACAGAUAGAGUUUGCUGCCAAGACAGUUGUUAAUUUUGAAUCCAAGCUGUCUGAAGCAAUUGAACUUUAUCACCAGCGAAUUCAGUGGCUGUUGGAGGACAGCAGAAAGGUGUUCGGCCUUAUAAAAGGCAACAAAGUUGGACUCCUGGUUGAUGUAUCCGAUAUAAGUUGUGGACCUCGACUAUUUGAGUUCCAGAAAGACCUUUUGUUUCUAAUAGAUGAACAGCUGUGUUAUAAGAAGCAGUUAUAUUUCCUCUCCUUUGGUACUGAGAUUUCAUCUCUAUGGGAGAAUCCAACAAACGUCAAUGUGCGCAUCCUAGAUGAAGCAAGACAGUGGGUGCAGGAGCUGCAACCCAGUGGAGGCUGCAAUUUGCUGAAAGCUUUAAAGAAGGUCCUUACAAUGAGGGAACUGAAUUCAUUGGUUCUUAUUGUAGGAAGCUGCCCUGAUCAAUCUUCGGAAAUAUUGUCUGACUAUAUUCAGCAGUGUACCGUGGGGAGAAAGCUGCUGAUACACACCAUUACGUAUGAGUGUAGCAAUCAUGUUCCUCCUGCUGUUUUAAAGAACCUUGCGGAAGUUGUUGGAGGCCGUUAUCACUGUUAUUCUUCAAAGAGUGAGAAUUACGAUAGCAGCGAUGUUUAUCUACUGCUUUGUGAAUCCCAAAAAGCUAAGAAUAUUCUCAGCAGCAUCAGAGAAACUUUCCAGGGAAGGAUUGGUGAUUCAGUUAUUGGUAGAGUACAAGAUAUUUCCAAAGAAUUUACCAAGUUGACGCCUGCUAGUUUCCUACCCAAACCUCCGAAGCAUGAAGGACCUCUUGUUAUACAAAUGCCAAGCUUCCUGGCCAAAACCUCAGCAGCCUGGUUAAAGACAAAUGGAUUGAAAGCCAAGAAGUUAAGCCUUUAUCAAGUUUUGGCUCCUAAUGCUUUUUCACCUGUGGAAGAAUUUGUGCCUAUUCUUCAGAAAACAGUGUCAUCAACUCUGCAUGAGAAAGCAAUGAUGCAGUUUGAAUGGCAUGAUGGGACUCUGAAAAAUGUUCACGUGGACCCACCAAUAUUAUAUGACUAUCAGAAACAGCUUGAUAGAAUGGUGAGAACGUAUGAGAGGCGAAUAGACUGGCUUUCUAUCGCUAGUAGAAGAAUAUGGGGAACUGUUUGUGAACGGAGGGUUGUUAUACUUGUUGAUAUCUCAGUAACAAAUUCCUUGUACAUCAUUCAUAUCCAACAUUCCCUGCGACUUUUACUUGAAGAACAAAUGUCAAACAAGGAUUUCUUCAAUAUUAUAGCAUUUGGAAGUGACAUCAAGUCUUGGAAACCAGAAAUGGUUCCUUCAAAUCCAGAAAAUUUACAAAGUGCCUGGAGAUGGGUGUUGAGCCUGCAGUGCAAAGGCAGUAGAAAUUUCAUGAGUGCUCUAAGAACAGCAGUGGAAGUAGACCUCAAAGAUAAAGACAAACAUGUAUCUCAAGGACUUUAUCUGCUUACCACUGGAGUUCCUGACCAGGAUAUGCAUGCAGUUAGUACUUACGUGGCCGAUGUCUGUGGAGGUUGUGAUUUGCAGCUUCAUGUCUGUCUGUUCAGUGUAAAUGGUUUUGACCCCAAUGGCAUUAUUCCAUCUCGUUAUGCCAAUCCAAAUGAAACCGCCAGCACGUUUAGAGAAAUAGCACAUGCUGCCAAUGGAAGGUUUCAUUGGUUUGGAGAAACAGGCAUUUAUGAAAGUGAUGAUAUCAGUAUUAUUGUGUCUGAAAUGGAAAAAGCAGUCAACUACUCCCAAAAGUGUGCCUUGCUGGUGGAAUCCUUAAAGCAACGUUCAGGAACUCAGUUGGUUAAUCAGUUUAUCCCAGAAGAAGGUUUAAAGAUGCUCUUAAAAAAGGAGAGAACUAGAGCACAGAAAUUGCUGCCUCCUAAACCUACAGCUCUCACUCUGGCUAGAAUGAAUAUCAAAGACAAUCAUGAGGGGGAAAAAAAUGCUGCCUUAAAAGCUCUGACAUGGCGUCCAACUAGUGCCAAAGCAGAAAUCCCACCACCUCAGCCGAUAAAAGAAUGGACUCAGACUUCUGUGAAGAAGAAACAUAAAUCAAGAAAACAGUCACAGAUCUCCCUCUCAGUAUUUUAUAUUGACAAAGGAAAAAAUGUGGGUGCAGUUUACAGAAAGUAUCCAAAGGAAAAAAGCGUGAGGAGGUCUGUUCCUGUUGCUACACUGCCAAAGGAAGAGGAAAUAUGUUCAAGCAAAGAGUGGUUGAACAAGUACAGUAUAAAAAAGUUGAAGUUAGAGUUGCCCAGAAUUAUGUUUGGUCCCAACUGUGUUCACCAGAAGAAAAUGGUCGAGUCUUUGCACAAGAAAGUGUCAGCAAAAUACUGUACCAUCUUCCCCAGUGUGGAAAUCAAUGGUAUUGUGAAACACCUACAAUUUCAGCCUAAGGAACUAGAAGCCUAUGUUGAACAAAUGGAGAGGGUGUUACGUUGCUAUAUACGAAGAAUACAGUGGCUUCUCUCAGGAAGCCGGCGAUUAUUUGGCACCAUUUUGGAGACAAAAGUAUGCAUCUUGAUUGAUACAUCUGGUUCCAUGGACCCUUAUUUGCAACAGGUCACAAAAGAGCUUACCUCCCUCAUCUGGGAACAGCUAAGAAAGAAUAAUGCUAGGUUUAACCUGCUGAGAUUUGCAGAAGAUAUAGACACUUGGCAGGAGUUUCUUGUAGAGGCUACAGAUGAAACAUGUCAUGAUGCUGUACAAUGGGUGUCAAAAUUCCAAGCUCAUGGCAAUACAUGUGUCCUUAAGGCUUUGCAGAAAGCUUUCUGUUUUCAAGAUCUAGAGGCACUGUAUGUUCUGACCGAUGGAAAGCCAGAUACCAGCUGCAGUCUCAUUCUAAAAGAAGUUGAAAAGAUUAGAAAGAAACAAACCAUUAAAAUCCACACCAUUUCUUUUAACUGUUCAGACAGAAGAGCUAAUGAAUUUCUGAAGAAGCUGGCCUCUCAAACAGGAGGACGCUACCAUCGCUGUAUUGGAGAUAUGGAUGGACAGUUAGCAGCACACAGAAUGUUGACAGAAGGGUUUGAUGAUGAUGAUGAUCCAGUUUUUCCUUUCUUCGAAGGAGAUGAUUUAAAGAAACUUGCUCAAGAAGUAGCAAAAGCCAGAAGCUUUUUAAUGCAGGCAAAAUCUUUUAGGUGA